CACAAAAAUCACAAGCUCUCGAUCUCGAAGUGUCUCUCGACUCUCAGUAGCCAUUCGUGUGCAAUUUGCAAGUUUGGGAUUUGUGUCAUUGUGUGUCAUGGCGAAGGCGCAGGCGGCGGCGAGGAUCAUGACGGAGGUGGCGCCGCCGCAGCUGGUUUCGGUGAUGCGGCGGAGGAAGCAGGUGGCGAGGAGCCUCGACACGAUCGCCGAGGACGACAGGGAGCUGAUGCACGGCGGCGACGGCAAGAAGCAGGCGGCAGCUACCUGCGGCUCGGCGAGCAACUUCGCGACGUCGCCGUUGGCCUUCGAGCGACAGACACCGCCGGCGCCGGCGGCGAGCGGGCUCAUGAGGGAGCUCAGCAAGUGGUUCUCCCGCAACGACGCCCACGGCCAGGAGGAGUGGCCGGAGAGAAACCGCGAAGGUCACCGGCGAGCCAGAUAUGCACAGCAGGUGCACGUACAUGGGGGAGCCGCGGGAUUCAAUUCAAGAUGAGAUGUACCCAAACCGACUUACCAAUAUGCUUAGCUUUAUGAUGUGUUUAAGUCUUAAAGCAAUUUUGUCUGCUCGAACAUGAGAUUAUAAUUAUAAAGGAAUAUAUACACUCGUAAUGGGUUGUGUUGAUUGCGAUUUCA